CUGCCCACACAACACCCACGGGGACGGUUCACGUUGGUCCAUCAGUGGUGGCGCAUCUUCGCCGCCACCGGCACGGCAAGCUGACGGAGCGAUCGCCCACGAUCCCCCGCAACUGUGCUUGCACACCACACGAGAUGGCUGGAGGAGAAGCUUGGUGUGUGACCCUGGCCGUGGAUGGCAUGACCUGCGACGCCUGUGUCAAGAGCAUUGAGGAGCAGCUUUCCCAACUCCCAGGAGUUUACGAUAUUAAGGUGUCGCUGCGCGACAUGAGCGCCCGCGUGCUGUACGACGCCCGGCGCCAGGCGCCCGAGAGCCUCCUGGAGGCCGUGGAGCAGGCCGGUUUCGAGGCGUCACUAAACCUCGAUGGCGACGGCUCCAGGUUCCCGGCCGACACCGAGUCCGUCGAGAUCCUGGUCACCGGCGCCACGCCGUCCGCCGAGCUUCGCGGGCGCUCCCUGGCGGACCUCGCGGCCUCCCUGCGCGGCGUCACGGCGACAGACGUCGCCCGAUUGCCAAGCGAAGAGGCCGAGGACGCGCGCCGUAAGAUGACCGUGACCUUUUUGCCGGAGCUCACGGGCGCCAAUGCGAUCUGCCAGAGAAUAGAGGACUUUGGCUACCGGGCCACCCUGCAGGCCAGUCGGCGGCAGCCGGGCCUCGCCACGCUGGUCGUGGCGGUUGAGGGCAUGAAGCGGCAGACGUGCGCCCGCCACGUUGAGAGCGCGCUCGCCAAGCUGCCGGGGGUGGAGCACGUCGAAGCUUCUCUCGCCAGCCAGGAGGUGCGGGUCGGCUAUAAAUCUCACCUGAUUAACGCCUCGGAGCUGCGGAGGCAGAUCGAGGCAUUGGGGUUCGCUGUGCUGUUGCCAAAAUCGCCGUUGAAAAAGAUCCAGGCCAGGGAGAAGUCACGGGCGUUGCCUGCGGAUCCGCAAUCGUCUGCACCGCCCGGCGAGGUUAUUCAAAGUACCACGAUAACUUUAGGUGUGGAAGGCAUGCAUUGCAAGUCGUGCGUCAACAACAUAGAAAGUCACGUCGGAGAACUGGCGGCGGUUUACAGCAUAGAGGUAUCUCUGUCUGAAAGUAAAGCCGAUAUCCGUUACAAUCCAACGCUUAUAGGACCGGCUGAUUUAAAACAAGCCAUAGAAAGCCUCCCUCCUGGGAAUCUCUCCGUUUCCUUCGGGCUGAGGAGCACAGAUCUUCCCUCGCCAAAUGUGUACCGAAGCCUGCUCAGCAGGUGCGCCAAGGGGGCGGUGAAGGAGCCGGUGCCCGUAAGUGAAACCACGUUUUCCCUUCCGCGCACCGACAACCCGACGGUGGUGCUGCGUGUCGCCGGCAUGACGUGCGACUCCUGCGUGCAAAACGUCGAAGGGGGCCUGGCCAAGCGUGCGGGAGUGCGAUCCGUGAGCGUCUCCCUGGGCGACGGGACGGCCACCGUCUCCUACGACCGAGGUGUGACGAGCCCCGAGAUCCUACAGGGCGCCGUCGAGGACAUGGGCUAUGGCGCCACUCUCACCGAUGGACGUGACUCCGUGCAGGCCCCGCGGGGGUGCAGGGAGAAGGACGUGGGGGGUGCGCCGACGCCGCCCAAGGUGGGGUGCGAGGGGGGGCAGCGUCCCGACUACGUGAUCAGCGAGCUGCCGCCCAAGCCGAGCGGGGAGCGCGAGGCCGCGCGGGAGCCUGAGAAGUGCCUCCUGCGGGUCAGCGGCAUGACGUGCGCCUCCUGCGUGGCCAAUAUCGAAAACAACCUGAAGAAGAAGGACGGGAUCCUGUCGGUGCUCGUCGCCCUGAUUGCCGGCAAGGCCGAGGUGAAGUACGACCCGGCGCUGACGAGCCCCGAGGAGAUCGCCGCCUGGGUGCGGUGGAUGGGCUUCGGGGCCGACGUCGUGGACGUCAACCUGGAGGGCUCAAACGGAGUCGUCGAGCUCACCGUGACGGGGAUGACGUGCGCGUCGUGCGUGCACGGCAUCGAGUCCACUCUGCUCCAAAACGACGGCGUCUUCACCGCUUCGGUCGCUUUGGCGACGGGCAGGGCCCGCGUGGAAUUUGACUCGGAGAAGAUCGGACCCCGAGGCAUCAUCCUCAUCGUCGAGCGCAUGGGCUACACGGCGGCCCUGGUCAAGCAAGAUUGCCGUGACACCAGCCACCUGGAGCACACGGACGAGAUCAGGCAAUGGCGGAAUGCCUUCCUGCUGAACCUGCUGUUUGGCACCCCGGUGAUGGCUCUGAUGAUCUACAUGAUCGUGAUGGACUCCCAAAAGAAGCACAACUAUCUGAUGAAUCACAUGGUCCUCCCUGGGCUCUCCACAAUCAACCUGGUUUUCUUUGCGCUCUGCACCCCUGUACAGUUUGUGGGAGGGAGGCACUUCUACUUGCGAGCGUACAAGUCUGUCAAGCACCGGGCGGCCAACAUGGACGUGCUGAUCGUGCUGGCCACCAGCAUCGCGUACGUCUACUCGGUGGUGAUCCUCCUCGUGGCCAUGGCCGAGCGGGCCCCACGCAGCCCGCUCACCUUCUUCGACACGCCGCCCAUGCUCUUUGUGUUCAUCACGCUGGGCCGCUGGCUUGAGCACCUGGCCAAGGGGAAGACGUCGGAGGCGCUGGCGAAGCUGAUGUCCUUGCAGGCGGCCGAGGCCACGCUCGUCACGCUGGGCCCCGACAACUCCCUCCUCAGCGAGGAGCAGGUGGAGGUGGAGCUGCUGCAGCGAGGGGACGCGCUGCGCGUCGUGCCCGGCGCCCGCUUCCCCGUGGAUGGGCGCGUCAUCGCCGGCUCCUCCAUGGCGGACGAGUCGAUCAUCACAGGGGAGGUGAUGCCCGUGUCGAAGGGCCCAGGCAGCCUGGUGAUCGCCGGCUCCAUCAACCAGAUGGGGUCGCUGCUGGUGGAGGCGACGCACGUCGGCGCGGACACCACGCUGGCCCAGAUCGUCCGCCUCGUGGAAGAGGCGCAGACGUCAAAGGCUCCCAUCCAGCAGCUGGCCGACCGACUGAGUGGCUACUUCGUGCCGACCGUCGUGCUGCUGUCCACCCUCACGCUCGUCACCUGGAUCGUCGUGGGCUUUGCGGACUUUGUGGUUGUGCAGAAGUACUUCCCGGAUUUCGACCCGUCGCUGCCGCACGGGGAGGUGGUGCUGCGCUUUGCGUUCCAGGCGGCCAUCACGGUGCUGAGCAUCGCGUGCCCGUGCGCUCUCGGCCUCGCCACGCCCACGGCCGUCAUGGUGGGCACCGGCGUCGGGGCGCAGAACGGCAUCCUCAUCAAGGGCGGAGAGCCGCUGGAGAUGGCUCACAAGAUCAAGGCCGUGGUGUUCGACAAGACGGGCACGCUGACUCACGGGAUGCCACGGGUGCUGAGAUUCGCGCUGUUCGGCAGCCGAGCGCGCGUCUCCCCGAGGAGGCUGACGGCCAUCGUGGGCACGGCGGAGGCGAGCAGCGAGCACCCCCUGGGAGUGGCCAUCACCAAGCACUGCAAGCAGGAGCUGUCCACGGAGAGGCUGGGCUCCUGCCAGGCCUUCCAGGCGGUGCCGGGCUUUGGGAUCUCCUGCGAGGUGUCGAACGUGGACGCAGCGCUGACCGCCGUCGAUGAGGAGAACGAGAAGAACGAGAAGAACGCCUCUCCCUCCGCGCCAGCCGACCGCUCGGCGCCACACAUCAUCAUGGACGGUGACGAAUCGACGGCCACAUGUCACGAGCCGCAGCGCUACGCCGUGCUGAUCGGGAACCGCGAGUGGAUGGGGCGCAGCGGCGUGGAGGUGGCCCCCGCCGUGCACGCCGCCAUGGCCCAGCAUGAGGAGCAGGGCCACACGGCCGUGCUGGUAGCCGUUGACGGCCAGCUGUGCGGCAUGUUGGCGAUCGCCGACGCUGUGAAGGAGGAGGCCGCGCUGGUCGUGCGCACGCUCACCGCCAUGGGGCUCCACGUGAUCCUGCUCACGGGCGACAACCGCCGGACGGCGCGCGCCAUCGCCGCGCAGGUGGGCGUGCGCACCGCCUACGCCGAGGUGCUGCCGGCGGACAAGGUGCGCGAGGUGCAGCGCCUGCAGCGGCGCGGCCUGCGCGUCGCCAUGGUCGGCGACGGCGUCAACGACUCGCCGGCGCUCGCCCAGGCCGACGUCGGCAUCGCCAUCGGCUCCGGCACCGACGUGGCCAUCGCCGCCGCCGACAUCGUCCUCAUCCGCAGCAACCUCCUGGACGUCGUGUCGAGCAUCGAGCUCUCGAAGAAAACCGUGCUCCGCAUCCGCAUCAACUUCGUCUUCGCCCUCGUCUACAACCUGCUGGGCCUUCCCAUCGCUGCAGGGGUCUUCCUGCCCGUGGGCCUCGUGCUGCAGCCGUGGAUGGCCUCGGCCGCCAUGGCGGCCUCCUCCGUCUCCGUGCUGCUCUCUUCGCUCCUCCUGCGCCUGUACCGCAAGCGGAGCCGGGAGCAGCUGGAGGCCGCCUCGUCGGGCUGGAAGGUGUUGGCGGCCGAGGAUGUGCAGGUGCACGUGGGGGUCGAGCGGGAGGGCGGCGGCGGUGGUGCCGCGGGCCGCUCCCUGGCGGGGGGCUGGAGCCCGGGCGCUGUCGCGAGCGGCGCGACGCUACCCACGGGAGUGGACAAUGGGGCCUUUGAGUCGGAGAGUAGCCACCUGCGGGUGUGACCAAGAGCCGGACCGACGUCGCUUAGCUUCCUUAGAAACAAAUACUUCCACCUGUGCGGUAGCGGCCACUUAAUUGCAAUUGUCGAGAUGCCCUCGGUCCCGUCCCGUGUCGCUGACGAUGAGCGGAACAUGAGCGCGAGUGAAGUUGGCGCGACCGCCUGGCGACCGCACGGGCCGACGCGAGCACUCGUGACCAGCGCCCGUCGUCCCCCUGGAACCGGCUCGCACCUCAAGCGGCAGCCGUCUAACGUGUUGCACUUCCCGAGCUGCUGUGUCCGGCGCACGCUGCGUACCGUCGCACGGCAAUCGCUCGUCACCUACGGGUGGCAUCGUGGGAUGGCGCUACGGCACCUCCCUACCCCGCUCGUGGCCCCGGACGAUUUUAUCCCGGACGAGCCGUGCGCUUCAUUGACCAACAUCGCUCUGCACACAAUUCACCUGGGGCAAUGGGGGGGGGGGGGGGGGGGUAGAAUCCCUGCAGCUCGCAGUCCUCAAUCGCUGGCGGUUUUCACAGGGACUGGCCCUGUGACGCAGCCGGAAGGCUGCUCACGGCUGCGGUGGCUACGACGAUUGGUUUCUUUAUUAGAACGUCGCAAUGCAACUUCCACUCGCCCUCAUCACAAUGCCGUGAGUCCUAAUGCUUGCAGAUUUCACAACACUACGUGUAACUUUUGAAAGUACAAAUUGAAACACUUACUAAUUGUUAUUGUACCUUGGGAGUUAAAAUGUAAAUGUCUGUGUGGUGUUAUUACAGGUUGUUUAAGUAUAACGUUCCUAUACCCGUCAAGUGGUUUCUCCGAAGUGCAAUCACGAAAAUAAACAUUUAAGCGGAACAACGCGAGCAUGGACUCUCCUACGCGAUUCAAGCAAAACGUGCACUCAACGCAUCUGUGAAAUUGGGAAUCCUGGCAACACGAUCGUAACAAAAUAAAAUCGUCAUAACGAGUCCAAGUGGAAUCCUCCUACAGACGACACCCAGUGCACGACCCUCUAACCCUCUGGCCCGGUCACCUCCUGCGUGCAUGUCGGCAUGAUUUCUGUGACCCGACCUUUUGAAGUGAAUGUAUGACUUUUGAUUUAAAGCUUUCGUGACU